AUGCAUGGAAAUGCGGGGAUGGAGAACCUCAUACCGCUGGUCAAUCGGCUCCAAGAUGCCUUCGCCACACUUGGAUUACCCGGCGACCGCUUGUAUUGCAGCUUGUUACAUCAUCCUCUGGUAUUUGUUGACAUUAUCUUUUCACGUUUUGAAGAGUAUGCCGAGUUCGUUCACCUCAAAGGGAAAACCUUUAUGAAUUUCGAGGAAGUAUGCAAGGAAAUUGAGGCUGAAACAGACAGAGAGACCGGCCCGAAUAAAGGCAUAUCAAAUAAACCAAUAAAUCUUAAGAUAUAUUCCCCAAAUGUUUUGAAUCUUACACUCGUCGAUCUCCCAGGCAUGACCAAGGUCCCAGUCGGCGACCAGCCUCCUGACAUCGAGAUGCAAAUUCGUGAAAUGUUACUCUACUUCAUUAGCAACGACAACUGCCUAAUUUUGGCCGUCUCACCCGCCAAUUCUGACCUGGCCAAUUCGGAUGCUCUAAAAAUUGCCAAGGAGGUGGAUCCUCAGGGCAUACGCACGAUCGGUGUGUUGACUAAGUUGGACCUUAUGGAUCAGGGUACCGAUGCACGCGACGUCCUUGAAAAUCGUGUAUUACCAUUGAGGCGAGGUAGGUCGUUACGCCUUCUUCCUUCGAACUUAUUUGGGUCGGAAUGUAACAUGGUUUUGCUCCAGAUUCAACAUAUCGUCUUUACAGCGAUAUCUAAUGUAUAUUAUAUCAUUGUGGUAUCGGAAUAUUAUAACUGGAUAGUUAUAAUAUCUGGUAGUAAUUUCUGA